CAUUUGGUUAUCAAAAUUCUACGCCGUCGCAUCCAUUUUUCUUGCGCUACUGAAGGGGAGAGAGAAAGGGAGAAAAAUGGGAGUUCUUCUAUCAAGAAUCGGAGCUCUUCUUUCUAAUUGGUUCGGCCCCCCCACGGCCACCGCCGAAGCUGCCUCAUCCGACUCAUCCUCGGUUCACUCUUUUCACUCCUCAGCCAGAUGGCAACUCCACUUCAAUUCCCUUCAGGAAACUCCCAAGCUUAUGGUGGUUGAUUUCUCCGCAACUUGGUGUGGACCCUGUAGACUCAUGGAGCCAGCCUUCAAUGCCAUGGCUAGCAAAUACACUGAUGUUGAGUUUGCUAAAAUCGACGUCGACGAGUUAUCUGAUGUGGCUCAGCAUUUCGGAGUACAAGCAAUGCCAACAUUUGUGUUCCUGAAGAGAGGGAAAGUGGUGGAUACAGUGGUUGGAGCCCGUAAGGAAGAGCUGGAGAAGAAGAUUGAGAAGCACCGAUCGGUAUCUGGUUCAACUUAGAUCCAAAAACCCCCAAUAAUAAGUUAUCUCACUCUCACUCUUACUCUUACUCUUCUUUAUCUUUUUAUGUAAACAUUUGAAAAUUAUCUAUAUUCUAACUUGGUCACCGGUUUGAAUUUAAAUAUGUCAUAUAAACUACAACCUUGUUCUUGUUUGAAAUCAAUCUAUCUAUCUUAUCCCUCCUGUAAAGCGUACCCAUUAUUGCCUUAUUUGGUGUAAUGAUUUUUUUUAUUGA